GGGAAGUGAGGGCUUUGGUGAAGACAAAGAUUGUGCUGCAAAAUUUGGUGGAGAUCUCAUCUGUGCUGUAACAAAUGGACAACCAGGCGUUUGAAAUGCACGGAGAGAACAUACGAAGCCCUUCAAAAGGCAAAGAGUGGCCACAGAGAGAGGAAAGAAAGGCCAGCUGGUCCCUAAUGAAAGUCUUUCUAGUUUGCCUGUUGGCCUGUGUAAUCACCACUGCAGUAGGAGUGCUGGUGCUGUCCUUGGUCUAUGUGAAGAACCCUGCCUAUAUAAAACAGACUGAUGCCAAAGACAACGGUGCACCUUCCCCACAACCAGAAGAAAAAAGUGUGGAUAACAAGUUCCAGUUCCUGUAUCAUCUGGGGAAAUCAAAGGUAUACAGCUACCCAGGCGGGGAGAUUCAGUGGGCAAGAUUCAGGAAGGACGCAAAUGAAUAUGAAAGCGACGAAGAAAUGGAGUUUGGGCAAAGUAUCAAUAACCAUCGCUCCCAAAUGACUUUUGGGACCUUACGGAUCAAAAGCAAAGGGCUUCGGGCUCCCCACUGGCAUUUUAAUGCCAAUGAGCACGGCUACCUGCUGCAGGGUUCUGCCUGGAUUGGAGUAAUAGGGGCAGAUAAUGGCAUGGUUACCACCUACAACGUCACAGCUGGCCAAGUCAUCUUCUUCCCUAGAAACACUGUGCAUUGGAUAAAGAAUGUAGGGUCAGAAGAUUGUUUGUUCUUGCUGUUUUUCACAACACACGAAGAACUUCAGACCUUGGAUGUAGAUGAUGCCUUCUUCUCUACCCCAGAGGAUAUAGCAGCUAGAGCAUUACAGCCACCAGGUGGAGUUAACUUCAUCAGAACCUUCAAGAAACAAGUGGAAGAUCAAGCAGUCAACCUCCCACCCAACCUGGAUGAGCUCGUCCAAAGCGCCAACUAUGUGCAGUCUCCAGACAACCUGGUGUGGCAGUACUUCUACAACCUCAAAGGGUCAACAGAGUAUCCUUUCCCAGGAGGAGCCUUCCAGUGGGCCCGCUACCGCAGGAACGCCACUGGGCUGAAUGACACGGAAAAGAUCUUCAGUGAGUCCCUCAACAAGCACGAGAAUACCCUCACCUUAGCAACUCUCAGGAUAUCCAGCAACGGCCUGGGGCAGCCUCAUUUCCACUUCAAUGCUAAUGAGAUGGGUUAUGUCAUCAGCGGCUGUGGACAGGUUGGAGUUAUUCUCUCUGGAGCCACUGCCAGCUUCAACAUUGGCAUUGGAGACGUCAUAUUUUUCCCUGUUGGAACCCAGCAUUACAUCAAGAGUGUAUGUGAUGAAGACUUGCUUUUGAUUCUGGCCUACAGUACAGGAAACCAGCUGGAAACCCUCCGCAUGAACGAAUACUUUCGGGGCACAGCAGAUCACAUCCUGGCUCAGCUUUUCCUGAAGGAACAGGCUGAGUUCCAGAAUUUCCCAACAGCUGCCAGAAAUUAGUCAAGAGAAGCCUCCCUUAGCAGCUAAUGGCUCUGGGAAUCGUUUCACCGUCACCUUGUGGUACCUUUGUCACUAUUUAUCUAGAGAUGUUCAGAAAAACUGAGCAUUUGGGGAUCGUUAAUGAUGAAAAGCUGUUUUCUUUUUUGUACUGUUACUGUGUUUUAUUUAUAGUGCCAUGUAAUUGGACUGAUUGCACAUUAAAGUAAU